UCGCCAUAGCGACGGCGGCGCUUGGCGGCGGGGGGAGCGGGAGCCGCCGCUCCUGAGGCGACGGGAGCGGGACGGGGAGGCGGGAUCAUCCCUGGAUCGGCCAGGAGCGGGAUCAUCCUGGGAUCCGCCGGGAGCUGGCGGCGGGAUCGCCCCGUGUUCCCCUGGGAGCGGGCUCCGGCGGGAGCGGGCUCCGGCCGCCGCUCUGCGCGCUCCCUCCCGCUGCCCGCGCAGUUAUUACCCAUGGUUUUAAUGCUCCAUCAGAACAACUGAGAUGAGACUGAAGACUUCCCUUUUAAAGGAGCCAAAACAUAAGGACUUGGUGAGCUGUGUGGGCUGGACAACAGCUGAUGAGCUGUUCUCCUGCAGCGAUGACCACCAGGUCAUGAAAUGGAACCCAGUGACCAGCGAGACCACUCGUGUGCUGAAGCUGCCAGAUGAUGUCUAUCCCUUAGAUCUGCACUGGUUUCCCAGGGGCAUUGGUGGCAAGAAGCAAUCCCAGGCUGAGAGCUUUGUUCUGACCAGCUCUGAUGGGAAAUUCCACUUGAUUUCCAAGCUAGGAAGAGUGGAGAAAAGUGUAGAAGCACAUUGGGGAGCUGUCCUUGCAGGAAGGUGGAAUUAUGAGGGAACAGCCCUGGUUACAGUUGGGGAAGAUGGCCAAGUGAAAAUCUGGUCUAAGAGUGGAAUGCUGAGAUCUACCUUGGCUCAGCAAGGAACUCCAGUGUACUCAGUGUCCUGGGCCCCUGACUCUGACAAAGUUCUCUACACCUCAGGGCAGCAGCUGAUCAUUAAACCCCUCCAGCCAAAUGCUAAAGUUCUGCAGUGGAAAGGCCACGAUGGGCUGGUGUUGAAGACAGACUGGAAUGCAGUGAACGGGCUGAUCCUCUCUGCAGGGGAGGAUUGCAGGUACAAGGUUUGGGACAGUUUUGGCCGUGCCCUGUUCAGCUGCCAGCCCCACGAGUAUCCCCUCACUGCCAUCGCCUGGGCUCCCGAUGGGGAGCUGUUUGCUGUGGGCUCCUUCAACACUCUGCGUCUCUGUGACAAAACUGGGUGGUCUUAUGCCCUGGAGAAGCCCAACACUGGCAGCAUUUUUGCCAUUUCCUGGUCCAUCGAUGGCACCCAGCUGGCAGGAGCCUGUGGGAAUGGCCAGGUCAUCUUUGCCCACGUGGUGGAGCAGCACUGGGAGUGGCAAAACUUCCAAAUUACCUUAGUGAAGAGAAGAACCAUGAAGGUGCACAAUGUCAUCAACGAUGCCGUGGAUUUGCUGGAAUUCCGGGACAGGGUCAUUAAAGCCUCCCUGAGCUAUGGAUACCUGGUGGUCUCCACCUCCCUGCAGUGCUACGUCUUCUCGACAAGGAACUGGAACACUCCAUUGAUUUUUGACCUGAAGGAAGGAACUGUGAGUUUGAUUCUCCAAGCAGAAAGGCAUUUCCUUCUGGUGGAUGGUGCAGGGCUUUAUCUGUAUUCCUAUGAAGGCAGAUUGAUUUCCUCCCCCAAGUACCCCGGCCUGAGGACAGACGUUCUGAGUGCCCUGACCGUGUCCCUGAGCAGUGACACCCUGGCCCUGAGGGACAAGGCUGAUGAGAAGGUUAUCUACAUCUUUGAAGCUUUGUCUGGGAAGCCCCUGGGGGAUGGCAAACCUCUGACCCACAAGACAGAGAUUGUGGAGAUUGCUUUGGACCAGAAAGGACUGACAAGUGAGAGAAAAAUAGCUUUUAUUGAUAAGAACAGAGAUCUUUUCAUCACCUCGGUGAAGAGGUUUGGGAAAGAGCAGAAGAUUGUCAAAAUAGGGACCAUGGUGCAGAGUUUGGCGUGGAACGACAGCUGCAACAUCCUGUGUGGCAUCCAGGACUGCAGGCUCACAGUCUGGUACUACCCCAACACCGUCUACGUGGACAGAGACCUUCUCCCAAAAACCCUCUGUGAAAAAGAUGCCAGUGAGUUCAGCAGGAGCGGGCAGAUCGUGAGCUUUGUGGGCAGCCAGGUGACCAUCAGGAGGGCAGACGGCUCCCUGGUGCACCUGCACGUCUCGCCCUACCCCGCCAUCCUGCACGGCCACGUCAGCUCCUCCCGCUGGCAGGACGGGCUCAGGCUCUGCAGGUUUGUCAAGGACCAGACGCUGUGGGCUUGUUUGGCUGCCAUGGCAGUGGCCCACAAGGACAUGAGCACGGCUGAGAUUGCCUAUGCAGCCAUUGGUGAGAUUGACAAGGUGCAGUACAUCAACUCCAUCCAGGAGCUGCCCUCCAAGGAGUCCAGGCUGGCUCACAUGCUGCUCUUCAGUGGGAACUGCCAGGAGGCUGAAACCCUCCUGCUCCAGGCUGGCCUGGUUUACCAAGCCAUCCAAAUCAACAUUAACCUUUACAACUGGGAAAGAGCCCUGGAGCUGGCAGUGAAGCACAGGACACACGUGGACACAGUCCUGGCUUACAGACGGAAAUUCCUGGAGGAUUUUGGGAAAAAAGAAACCAACCAAAGGUUUUUGCAGUAUGCAGAAGGUCUGGAAGUGGAUUGGAAUAAAAUCAAAGCCAAAAUCGAGAUGGAAAUUGCUAAAGAGAGAGAACGAGCAGCAGCCAGUGCUGCAGGGAGGAGCAGUGUGACUGUGCAGCAAUAAUUCACAUUUUGGACACCUUCAAAGUGCUGCUUCAAUAUUUGGCAAUAAAACUUUGAGAUCUGGAUUGGUCUGUGGGAUUUUACCCUUUGGGACUGGAGCAGGAGGAAGGUUUGAAUCAUCUGACAUGAAAAUUUGAUUUUACAGAUUAUGUGGAACUGUUUCCUGCAGCAAAUCUGGUGAUUGUUGCCUGAUUCACUUCAGAGUAGUCACAAGUAUAAAUGAGCAGCUGUGGAAAAGCCUGAAGCUUUGUAAAAGCUAACUCUGAAAUGUUACCAGGUAUUUAUAGAAAUACAAAGUUUGUAUCACCCACAGCUGGGGGCAGGCUGGAGAGAAGCAAUUUACUAUUUUUAUAUUAGAGAUAUGGUGUUUAUAUUGGCUUUUACAUGUUUUUAUUAAACACUUUAAGACCUCCAUUUCUUUAUUUUGAUGAUAACAGAGAUGAAAUUUUACUCUGCAGGGGGUGGGGAAGAGCCAGGGAGAAAAAAGGAUUUUAUGAAUUGAUCACAUGUGAGAAUCUCUAUUUCCAAACUUUAUUUCUAUUGAUCCACAUCAGUCACGGGAUGCCUUGUGCUAUAAAAUUUCCAAUACUGGAAUUUAACCUUUUCAUUUUAGUUCAGGUGCCUUUGCCCUCCUGUAAAAGUUUGGGAAAACAGGAUGGGCUGGUCAGGGAAAGGGAGGGACGAGCCUGCACAGAGCUUGGUUGUACCAAACAAUAAAAUACUUCAUUAUUUCUGGGUUUUUCAUGAAGGGUCUGUGAGAAUAAUCUUACUCCAUGAAAAGAAAUGACUGUGCUAGUUGGAGCCCUGCAGUCCUGAA